GCCAUGCGCCAGUCGAUCGCGGUUGCAAAAUGUUGGUCGUUGCUUGCCACUGUUAGUGUCAGUGCAAAGUUUUCGCAUGUUAGGGGUGGUGUAAAUGCAAAUUUAUGCUUUUUCAACAGGCCAUGGACGUGUCAAGUUGUUGCAAAGUCGGUAGAUCAUGAUGGAACAUCACUGGGACAGCACAGAACAGAUUUUCCACGAUGCAAUUAGGGAGUAUUUGAUUGACUUGCUGUUCUUCACUGUUCUCUACAUCUCUUCCUAUCUGGUUAUCUGUCGGUAUAAGAGACAAGCAGAUAAGGAAGACUAUUUCUCAGCAGAUGCAUCUGAUGCCAUCGUGUACCGGGUUGCUUUGUGGAGUUGUACCUUUACUCUAGCCAUCUCAGUUGGUGCUGGACUGCUGCUCCCAUUCUCAAUCCUCAGUAAUGAAGUCCUUGUCUUCUAUCCCAACAACUUCUACAUGAGAUGGCUGAAUGGCUCACUGAUUCAUGGGCUUUGGAAUCUGAUAUUCCUGUUUUCCAAUCUCUCCUUGUUUGUGCUGAUGCCCUUUGCCUACUUCCUGACUGAGUCUGAAGGUUUUGCAGGCUCUAAAAAGGGCAUUAAGGCUCGUGUGUAUGAGACCUUUGUCGUUCUGAUCAUUCUUGGCCUGCUAGUCUUUGGCAUGGUGUGGGUAGCAUCAGCUAUCAUGGACAGUGAUUCUUCCAGUCGAGAAACACUCUCAAGAGUGUGGUCCUAUCUUCCAUAUCUGUACACAUGCAUCUCUCUGCUGGGUGUUCUCAUGUUACUGAUAUCUACACCACUGGGCUUCACCAGGAUGUUUUCAGUGAUUGGUCAGCUUGUCGUCAAACCACAGUUUAUGGAGAAUCUAGAGGAGGAAUAUCAUCUAGCCAAGUUUGAGGAGGAUGAUUUGUUGAGAAAGAUGCAAGGCUCAGAGUCCAGUGCUGUGUACUCCAUUGAACAUACAAAUGGACAGACUGAAUUGAGGCAGCGACUGGCCGAAGUGCAGCGAGACCGCAAGGUACUAGACAGGAGGCGGAAGGCAUCUUCAUGGCAACGUAACCUUGGUUACCCCUUGCUCUGGAUUCUUCUCUUUGCCUUGACAGUCUUGUCGCUCUGUGUUGUAGGCUGGAACAUAUUCCGUCUGCUGUUUGGAAUUGGCUUUUUCUCUGUUAGCAUCAAGGAAGCUGGUCUGGGGAAAGUGUCUCUGUCAAUGCUGGGGUCGUUUGGAGCUCUCAUCGAGGUCACACUGAUCUGCUAUCUGAUGCUAGCAUCCGUUGUAGGCUUCUACACUGUUCCAUUCUUCCGAUCACUAGUCCCUCGGGUAAAGGACACCCCUAUGACCAAAGUCAUCGCUAACUGUCUAGUCAUAUUGAUUCUGAGCUCAGCGCUACCACUGCUGUCUAGAACACUGGGUGUCACAAGCUAUGAUCUGAUUGGUGAGUUUGGCCGUUCUGAUUGGCUUCAGAACUUCUAUCUUGUGAUUGGCUACAAUCUACUGUUCAGCAUUCUGACGUCAUCCUGCCUGCUGAACAAGUUCACAUCCACUGUCCGUGUUUACAUCCAGCAUAGUGUGGCACAGUAUGUCCACAAUGUACGAGAAGCCAACCACUUCAGGACCUCGUCGUUUUGGUCACAGAAAUCACAGAAUGGAAACACAGCACAUGUUAAAGGGACCAAUGGGGUCACAGCGGUGGAUACUGGUGCUAUGAACGGUGGGCUAAGUACUAAAAGUGAAUAAGGUAUGGUUUGAUGUGGUAUUGUAGUCAUGGUAUCUGUUCACUCCUUUGGCUUGUUAAAGUACUAGUGUUAUUAUUAUUCACAAUGAACCAACUUAACCUCCUCAAGUCAACGCAGCAUGCAAUAUUUGUACUUUUAUGCCACAUUUUCCAAUCUGCACAUGUUUAUUAAGAGUUGGGUAAUACAGUCUUGCUUGCCAUUGAGAACUGUAUGCAGUGCUCUUUAUAUCAAUUGAAAUUAGGCGUCCUGUUCCUGGUAUCUACAAGAACCUGUAUCUACAGCUAAAGGCCACAGUAUAACAGAAGUACCAGCUGUGUAUCAUGCAAUGUGCUUCUGAACCUUCAUAUCAAGAGAGGAUAAGCCUUAAAUGCGGAUUACACUGAAAAGCAAUAAUGAUAUUUCCAGCACAUGCUGCAUGCUUGAUUGGGUAGAAAGGUUGAAGUAAGGUAG